AUGAAUGGCAAUGAGAAAUUGAAAAAAAUUUUAGACGAAAAAGAAGAUCUUGCCGAUGCAAAAGAUGAUGAGGAUUCAUUGACUGAAAAUAAUCAAAAAGCAUUUGAAAACAUUUCCAAAAAAAAUUAUGAGGUACUUAAAUUUUUAAAUAAAGAUGAACUCUUUUUGCUAAUUGAUAAAUUAAAUAAGGAUGAUAAGCUUACCAAAAUAAUAGAGGACGACAUAAAACAAGAAACCCUUGACUCUCUAAAAAAGUAUGAAGAUGAGCAAUAUGAUACCAUAAAAUUGGACAAAAAUGAUGAAGAAAAUGUAGAAGAAAAUGAAGAAGGUGACGAAGAAGAAAAUGAUUACAUGAGAUUAUGCAAAUACAUUCCACUAAGAUUAACAUAUGAUGAAAGAUUAUAUUUGAGAUUAUUAGAAAGCACAUUGGAAGUAAGUGAAUAUACAGACAAGAUUGAUAUAUAUCAUAGUGGUAAUAAGAGUCGAAAAAUAGUGAGAGAAAUAAAAACAUUAUGCUCUAUAUUAUCAGGGUUAAUUAUAGCUAACAAUUAUGAGAAUGGGCAAAAAUUAAUUCGUGAUCGAGAUUUUUUAAAAAAUAGCAGUUUUUUUAGUUUCGUUUUUGAAAUAGGACGACGAUAUAAAAUAUUAAAUCCAGAUAGAAUGAGAAGUAGCUAUGGUAAAUUAAUGUAUUUCUUAAUGGAUACAAGAAGAGAAGAUAUAUAUGAGCUAUUAUCUUUUGAUUGUGUAUCUCCAAUAAAAACUGUUUAUGAUUUAUUAAAGAAUAAAAAAAAUGGAUUUCAAUUAUUAAAAGAUGAUUUAAUUAAAAAAGCUACAAUGGAAAUAAAUGCAAAAGGUAGUAGAAAUGAAAUACAAAAACAAAUUAAACAAAAAGAAGAAGCAAUAAAAUAUUUAUCAAGAAAGUAUUCAAAUAAUAGUAACAAAAAUAUAUUUAGAAUUAAUAUACCUAUAUUUAGUAAUCAAAAUUUAGAUGAAAAUGAUACAAAUGAAAAUCAAGAAUUAGAAUAUUUAUCAUCUGAAGAAAUAGAAAGAUGCUUAUAUAGUCUAUGUGAUUAUAAUACACAUAUAAAAAUGUUUUGUGAACCUUGCGAAAUUAUGAUAGAUUAUUUAAAAACAUAUUAUGAUCCUCAUAAUAAAGAUCCACAUUAUUCUUUAUCUAUUGAAGCGGGAAGGCACGGAAGUAGAUUAACACAUUCCCAUAAUAGACAAUACAUGUAUGUAUUACAAACAUUAUAUUUAUGGAAAGAGAUUGGAGAGCAUAUGUUUUUUCUAUGGGCAUGUGCAGAAAAUGACAUGCUUGAUUUUAAAAACCCAUAUAGAUUAAUGGAUACAGGACAAGGAUUAAAUCGAAUGCAAAGUGGCCAUAAAGUAUUAAGUGCCAUGAAGAAAAUUCUUCAUAAUGUUCAAAAAAAAUUAGGAGGAUGGGUUGGAUCUAGCAUGAUUCACAUGGGAGAUACAAACAUUCCAAAUACUUUUAUGUUUAUUGAUAAAUAUACUCAGGUACCACGAAUAUUAAACCCAAUAGUUAUAUGUUUAAGAAAAAUCGAUGAACUAUAUAAUUCCACACCUUCUAUGAAAAAUUAUAUUAACAAUGAAUUUAAGGGGGCGCAAAAUUUAAAAAUGAUGAUUACUUGCGAUUUCUUUCGUCACGCUUUUGAUGGUAGCGGUGGUGAUAAUUUCAACGAAGCAGGAAGUUGCAUUGAUGGCCGAUUGACAUCCGCUUGGAAUUGGUGUUCAAAAAUUGAGAAGAAAGUUUAUUUCCCUAUUUUUUUACUAACUGGUUUUAUUGGAUUUGAUGGGUCUUUUUAA